AUGGAGCUGCGUUUCUCCGCCUGCGUCCUGCUGGUCCUCUGCGUGACCUGGGGAGUGAAUGGAGGGAACGUCCUGGUGUGGUACACCGAGGGCAGCCACUGGAUUAACAUGAAGCCACUGCUGGAGAAGCUGGUGGACGGGGGCCACCGGGUGACGGUGCUGGUCCCCAGCGCAUCGCUGUUCAUGAACAGCAGUGAACCCUCCCGCUUUCACUACGAACGAGUCGAGUCCUCCCUCUCAAUAGAGGUCAUGGAGAAGUUCAUGGAGGAGUUCCUGCAUUUCUCCAUCUAUGAGAUGGAGCAUAUGGGCUACGUACAGAUGUACCUGCGAUUCAUGGAGCUGUUCAGGAUUAACUUGAAGUUUGCUCUGGGGAACCUGGACGGCGUGGUGAAAUCUGAAGAAGUCAUGAUGAAGCUGAAGCGAGGAAACUUCGACGUUCUUCUGGCCGACCCCAUCAUGCCAGGCAGCGAGUUGGUGGCAGAUAUUUUGGGCAUUCCUCUGGUCUACUCCGUACGCUUCACCAUGGCUCAUCACUUCGAGCGGUACUGCGGCCAGGUGCCCGCCCCGCCUUCCUUCGUCCCCGGUGCUAUGAGCAAACUGACGGACCGCAUGGACUUCUGGGAACGAGUGUGGAACUUUAUAUUCUACGCUGUGCAGGAUGUUGUGCUAAAUCAUAUUUAUUGGAAGACUGUGGAUUCGUAUUACUCUGCAGUGAGAGGAAAGCCCACCAGUGCCUGUGAGUUAAUGGGCAAGGCAGACAUAUGGUUAAUACGAACCUACUGGGAUUUUGACUUCCCUCGACCUUUACUCCCCAACUUCAAAUACGUUGGUGGGAUCCACUGUAAACCUGCUAAACCAUUACCAAAGGAUAUAGAAGAAUUCGUGCAGAGUUCUGGAGACGCCGGCAUCGUCAUCUUCACUCUGGGAUCCUUCAUCAGGAACAUCACCACAGAGAAGGGAAACAUGAUAGCAUCAGCGCUCGCUCAGAUCCCACAAAAGGUGCUGUGGAAAUACAGUGGACAAGCACCAGAAACUCUUGGUCCCAACACCAAAAUAUUCAACUGGAUCCCUCAGAACGACCUCCUGGGUCACCCUAAGACCAGAGCGUUUGUCACUCACGGCGGCUCCAACGGGAUCUAUGAGGCCAUCUACCACGGCGUCCCCAUGGUGGGAAUUCCCAUGUUCGCUGAUCAGCCACACAACUUGAUCCACAUGAAGGCUAAAGGAGUGGCAGUCAUGUUGAACCUGAACUCCUUGACGGCCGAGGACUUCAGAGACGCCAUCAACACAGUGAUCAACGACAAAUCGUACAAGGAAAACGCCAUGCGGCUGUCCAGUAUCCACCACGACAAACCACUAAGUCCCCUAGAUGAGGGGGUGUUCUGGAUCGAGUUCGCCAUUAGAAACAAUGGGGCCAAACACCUGAGGGUCCAGGCCCACGAGCUCACCUGGUACCAGUAUCACUGCCUGGACGUCUUCGCCUUCCUGCUCGCCCUGAUCCUGACCAUCGUUUUCAUCUUCAUCAAGGCCUGCAGUUUCUGCCUGAGGAAAUGCUGCGGCAGGAAAACAAAGACAAAGUCUGAGUAAAGGCGUGGACUGACUUUAAUGAGUAAAGAAUUAAUGAGUAAAUGAACACAAGCCGUAACACUGCCAGUCUAAAGCGCCGUGACCUCCAAACCCUGGCUUCCAGUAGGACUUCAAUUACAGCCAGGUGAACCUGAUUUUUGAAUUGCAAACACCAAAUGGUUAAUUAGACAGGUGGAUGCUCAUUGGCUAAUCAAACAAAAUCACAGGAAGCAAUUCCAUUGAGUUGCUUUUAUUUGGAGCCACAUGAACAUUUCAGCACCAAGCCACGAAAAUUGUGUCACAGAACAUAAUGCAUGAACAAAAACAACAGACUGGCACACAGACAUCCGACAGUCAUUCUCUUCUUCAUGCAU